AUGGCUGCCAUUGACGAGUACUUGAAACUUGAGCUGACAAAAGGAAUCCACCUUUCCUUCCAAUCCGCUAAAGACCUGCGCAACCGCAUAGAGAUCCUUCCUUCUGGGCCCAAGUGGAAGUCCCGCACCCUAGCCCCUAAGCACCCAACAAAGAAUCCCAUCGUUCUCUACCACCGGGACCCCAUAGAAUGCGUUCAAUCUCUCUUGCGAAGCCCACUUUUGCAAGAUCACCUCUCAUUCACCCCCUUCCGGCUUUUUGAGAGCUCUGCCAAACUAAUGCGGGUUUACACGGAGUGGCUGUUGGGUAAUGCAGCAUGGUUUAUGCAGGAAAUGCUACCCCCUGACGGAACUUUGUUAGGGACGAUCCUAUCUUCAGACAAGACCAACAUCUCAAUCAUGACUGGUGGGCGGGUCGCCCAUCCGCUCCUCAUCAGCCUGGCCAAUUUGUCAAUGGAAUUUCGGAAUAAGGCAUCCAACCACGCCUUCCUUCUCCUUGCCCUAAUCCCCAUUCCUAAAUACCUACACCGCAACCAAAAGAUACGCGGUAUACUGGAAAACCGCCUGUAUCAUGAAUGCCUUGACAUAAUCACUGAACCGUUGAAGAUUGCGGCUCAAAUUGGUGUCAUGUUAUCAGAUCCACUUGGAUUUCAAAGGUGGUGUUUUACCCCACUUGCAGCACAUAUCGUCGACACACCUGAAUCCAUCCUCAUCGCUGGUGUCGGAGGCAAGACAUCAUCGUAUCUUGAAAGUGACUUGGGUCUGGAUCCAUGGGAUCUUGACGGAUACGAAAAGGAAUCAACAAAGCACCGUCUCAAUGGUGUGCAUCGCCCUUUUUGGCGCGAUUGGCCACUCUCAGAGCCCCCAAUUUUUCUCACCAGUGAACCGUUGCACCACUGGCACAAGGAAUUCUGGGACCAUGAUAUGAAGUGGUGCAUCAAGGCCGUUGGGGGGCAUGAGAUUGAUUUCCGCUUCUCCAUUCUUCACCCUCGUGUUGGCUUCCAACAUUUCAAAGAAGGUGUAUCAACCUUAAAGCAGGUUACAGGGCGGGAACACCGAGAUAUUCAACGGUACAUUGUUCCAGUUAUUGCUGGUGCUGUCUCAGGCCCCUUCCUGAUCGCCAUACGUGCUCUCAUCGACUUCCGAUAUCUAGCGCAGGUGACAGUUAUCAGCGACAACAUCUGCACUCAGAUCGAAAACGCCUUGAGAACUUUUCACAACCACAAGCAAGCAAUCCUGGAUGCUGGUGCUCGAUGUGGAAAGAAUGGUCCAAUUGAGAACUGGUACAUUCCAAAGCUUGAGUUUAUGCAGAGCGUGGUUUCCAAUAUCAAGUAUAAUGGGGCUGCAAUCCAGUGGUCAGCUGAUGUAACAGAGAAUGCGCACAUAUGGGUUGUAAAGGAUCCAGCAAAUUCUGGCAAUAAUCAGAAGUAUGAGCCUCAAAUCUGCUGGUACUUGGAUCGGGUUGAUAAACUGGACAUUUUUGAUCUUGCUACAGUGAUUGCUGAGGCAGGUCUUGAUUUCCGUGGAGUUUUGUUCGACACCAAUGCAGGCAACGACAAAUGUGAUUGGGACACUGAGGAUGAGGAAGACGAUGCACCGUUGUUGGUGAAUGCAACAGGGGAACUCAUGACUCUCAUAGACCCAGUCAAAUAUCGUCAGCAUUCUGGCAGAAAACCGACCGAUUACUUCUAUCGUGCUACCCUCCUCAAACGUGGUCUCCUAAGCACUGCCUCUCAGCCUCCUCGCACACACAGGAGUGCUGAGAAUGUUGUUUUUCACCUGCGCCAUGAUCCUAGCUUCAAGAGGCUUUUCAUCGACGAGGUAGCUCAGUCAUCAUCUGGAGCUCCGCAAUUCCACAUUUCAGCAGUCGGAGGACAUCGCUUCGCUCAAAAAGACUGUCAGCUGCCAUUCACACAUGUUGAGGUUUGGGAGAAGGUUCGGCUUCAAACGACUGCAUACCAUGAUCCACAUCCCAUUCUUCCACCCAUAACUAUCAAUGCUGCCCCACUAUCAGAAGCCUGGCCACAUGGUAAUUUUGACCAGGCCAUUUUCAACAUGGAUCCCUCCCAGAAAUGGCCAAAUAGUGGUUUAAAUGGUCACUUGAUAGCAGACGUUCGCCUUAUUUUCCACAUAGUCCCAUCAACUCGUUCUGAUAAAAUCCUCAAAGAUGAUCUCCACCAGGCAGUCACCGGUCGCUUUUUGGCCUACAUCCAGCGGUACGACAUCAUCUCCCACCUAAAAGAUCCCAAAAAUCCUGCUACAUGUGGCCCACAUCCUGAACCAUCAUCAGGACUUCACCUUCUCAAGCAUGGCAUGAGGACAAAUGGCGAGCUCAUUGGAGAUGUCGUACCCCUGUGUCAACUACGUGCACUUGCUGAUGUUUCACCCCGCUUGGGUCAGAAGGCCGAUAGGAAGUUUACCAAGCAGAACAGUCUUCACUACAGCACAGAGUUCUGGUUGAACAAAUACUUCGAUAAAGAGACUUUCUACGCCCUGCACUGA